AUGAAGUUCUCCACCGCUGUUGUUCUCGCCGCCUCGGCCUCCAUGGCCGCUGCCUACACCACCGCCGACAUCCCGGCCUGCGCCAUUCCUUGCAUCCAGGACGGUGCCCCCAAGGUCGGCUGCGAGGUCACCGACGCUGCUUGCCAGUGCAAGAAGCAGGAUGACCUUGCUGCCGAGGUCAUCGGCUGCAUUUCCGAGAAGUGCACUGCUGAGGAGGCUAUGGAGUCCUCCAAGGUCUCGGCCAGCAUCUGCGAGGACCUGAACAGCGGCAAGACCACCGACGCCUCGUCGAGCAGCACCAAGACCAGCAACUCGACCUCCUCGGCCAUCAGCACCCCCGUCAGCACCCCCGGCUCCGGCUCCGGCUCCGGCGCCACCCCCACUCCUUCGUCGACCAACGCUGCUGGCAUCCUCCAGGCCGGUGGCUUCGCCGUCGGCAUGUCCGCCGCCAUGGGCGCCGUCAUGCUCCUCCUCUAA